GAAAGAAAAAAGUCAGCAACAUCUUUUGCUUGGCAUUAAAUGUUGAGUGCGUAAGAUCGAGGUAUCUCUUUUGUGUUUCUCAAGAUCAAGUACCAAAUCUUUAAACGGUAUUUUCGUGAUUCGUGAAUGGCCUAAUUUUUUCUCGUGAAACGUGAUUUCAUUAGCAGCCGUGAACCGUGAUUUUCGAAAAUAAUUCUCCGUGAAAUGAGAAAGAAGUAUUUAAUUUGUGGUAAACCGUAAUUCUGGUUGUAUCUUCUAUUACUUUCGACAGUAAUUAACAAUAUUGCGUGACCGUGACAGGACAAAUCAAUCCUCUUGCUUGGGUUUCUUUACCCCCUCCCCCCGCCUUCUCGUUGACUUCUCGAUCAGGCUCUCAAUACUCCUGCUAAUGGACUCGGAAUUGACAUAUCUGACAAAAAUAAUAAAAGGACUGACAAGCGAACUUAACUCACAAUGAGCUACAAUGUCAACUAUUAAAACUGACAUGGUGCAGACUGUCGUUCAAAAAGCCUCAACGCGCUGCUUUCAGAAAGUAGAUGCUUUUAAAAUUGCCAUCGGAAAUACCAUUGACGCGACUGUACGAAGGAUUUCGAGACCUUAUCACGCUCUAACAUGACCUGUCACGGCAUCCAGAUUGCUUUCCUCGUAGUUUUGUCAGCGAUUGUUUGUCGCGCCAUGAGGGCAGGUACGCCAACCAGGUUUGUCACGGAUAGUUUACCUACAGAGCACCAGAGAGUUACCGUUCGCCAGAGCAGAAAUGGUACUAUUAUGCCUUCAGUGGCUAAUGGAUACAUGGGAACAGUGAUUUACAGCGAUACUGUGCAUGUGUCUGGAGUGUUUAAUGGUAAGGCUUACCCGAAGAAGAAGCCCGUGUACCCGGUAUACUUCUACGAACACGCACACCGCGCUAGGAUUCCUUCCACCGUUGCUAUCGACUUCAGACUGGUCGGGAUUCAAGGAAAAACCUUUUACGCUUUGGACGUACUGGAGGGCGUGUUCUACAAAUGGUUCAAGGCUGAGAACUUAGACGUGGAGCAGAGAAUUUAUGCACAUCGAUCGCGGAAAAAUUUGUUGGUUGUGGAGAUAUCAGCUAAGAACAACGCUAACAAGGAGUUCUUGAUUAACCUCUCUACAAAUCGCGGAGAUUCUUCAGUGGAUGUUGAGUUCAAGACGACUGAGUCAAAUAGAUCUGGGGCUUCGGCAGCCUUUGGCAUGGUCAACGAAACUGAGGAAGCGGGUAGUAUGCGAGCUAAUUUGGCGAUGGUUUGGACUGAAAUAGGGACCAGCAAGCCAUUAACCAUAAAAGCAACCUCUGAGGAGCAGACCUGGUACUACAUCACCUCAAUAGCCACAAACCUGGACACCAAGUUCAACCCGCUCUCUGAAGCUCUGUACCAAUGGGACGAAGCUAUGCUAGUCAAGGAGGAACUGCUGGCAGAACACAAAGCGGCUUGGAAAGCAUUAUGGGACACUGGUCGGAUAGACAUUGAAGGUGAUCUAGAGAUGGCACAGGCAGUGCACGGUAGUAUGUACUACAUUCUAAGCUCCACUCGACAUGAUUGGCCGUACGGAUUAAGCCCCGGGGGUCUACCGGGUGGAGAGGAGUACAUGGGACAUACAUUCUGGGAUCAGGAUAUUUGGAUGUACCCCCCUCUAGUCCUGCUUCAUCCAGACUUGGCCAGAAGUUCCCUCAGAUAUCGUAAGGAUCGGCUGCCGGCUGCGCGCAGAAUCGCUAAGGAGUAUGGAUUUAAAGGCGCAAUGUUUCCAUGGGAAAGUUCUUACACGGGCCUGGAGACGUCCCCAGGUGAGAGGUACGGCAAAAACCAGAUCCACAUCAACGGCGACAUAGCUUUCGCUGCAAAACAGUUUUGGAUGGCAAGUAAAGACUCCAGUUGGUUGCAAGAGAUUGGGUACCCACUUGUCUACCAGACCGCGGAGUACUGGGCUAGCAGAGUAGAGUACGACGUUGCCAAUGAUAGAUACGUCAUCAAUCACGUGAUGCCGCCGGAUGAAUAUCACUAUCCGGUUAACAACUCUGUGUACACCAAUGUGGUGGCUAAAAUGAACCUUCUGUUUGCCAAGGAAGUUGCCGAUAUCUUGGGAAGAGAGAUUCCCAAAGAAUGGCUAACGAUUGCAGAAAAGAUGUACAUCCCUUUUGAUAGCGAGAAAAAUUAUCACCCUGAAUAUGAAGGGUACACGUUAGACAAAGAGGUCAAACAGGCUGACACGAUUCUUAUUGGUUUUCCACUGAUGUACGACAUGGACGAGAAGGUCCGUUAUAAUGACUUGAAACUCUAUGAAGAACGUACCGACCCUGAUGGACCGGCCAUGACGCAUUCUAUGUUCGCUAUUGGCUGGCUGGAUUUAGGAGAGAAUAAGAAAGCUGAGAAACCUUUUCUAAAGAAUUAUGAAAAUAUCCGCGGACCAUUUAAGGUAUGGACGGAGCGGCGCGAUAUUUGGGGCGCGGUCAACUUCAUUACGGGUGCUGGUGGCUUUUUGCAGACUGUACUUUAUGGUUAUGGAGGAUUCCGACUGAAAAAUUUUGGACUGGCUUUUAAUCCCUCAUUACCACCCAAUGUCACAAAGAUGACAAUCAGCGUGCAUUAUCUGGGAAGCCUGAUGGAUUUCGCUGUGACUGAAAAAGAAAUAAAGAUCACCCUGCUCUCUUCUGGUCCUAUUUCUCCUAGUCUAAAAGUGUCAACUACUGAAGGAGUAUUCAACCUUGAGCGCGGUAGCCCUGUUACAAUCAGCAACACUGGAGGCACAGUGUGCGUGCGCGAUUUUAAACGACAAAUCUCUAGCCAAGCUUGUGAUCAUACUUCUCUUCAUAUCUGCAUCUUGUUCUUGGUUAGCUUUUGUUUGUAUCUCCUUGUCACGAACGGCUACCGCUAAAUGACAGGCUACUGUACGAUUGUUCUUCUUUUAACAGAAUGCUUUUUACGGUGCCCUUUCCUCCCCUCUCAUUCAGUUUCAUGGUUGUGAAUUUUGGUGAUUUUGUACGCAAAAAAACAACAAACAAACAAACAAACAAAAAUGAUCAAGCUGGAAGCACUGUUCCAUUUUCAAUCCUUAGGCGAGAAUUUUAAAGGAUUUUCGAGAAAUAAACAUAUCCUUUGAGUUUUAACGGAUGUCACUUUGCUGUCAAAUUUAAUAAAACAAGAUUAAAUUCUGACGAAAAUUAUCCAGUUCCUAGAAGUGUGUUGUUUCUCCAAAACCAGGCCCAUUUCUUGGGGUAUAGGAGAGUAAAGGUUUGAAAAGCUGAUCAUGAUCUGUAAUGAUUUUCCAGGGGAAAGCGUUUCAGAAAUAAUCGAGGUUUCAAAAAGAAAUAAGGUUCAGAGGCAACUAAAAUUUCGAAAAUUUAAACUGGCUUUCGACUCCAUAUACAGAUUAAACAAAAAAAAAAAAAACUUGGGCAAACUUUGCGUCUUAUCCUGUGAGUUAAAAUUCGAUAAUAAAAAAAUUGGGAUCACCAGGCUCGUUUUUGAGUUAUCAGCACUUAAAGCACUUAAAGCACUGAAAGCCAAAAUUAAGGGUGUUUUUAGCAGUUCAUACAGUUGCUAUGGUAACUUUUUACUACAUUUUGACGUCCUCCGUGAUCAAUUAGUGAACAGACGCACGGCGACAUGAAAUCUAUCUGUUUUAUACAACAGAGACACAAAAACAAUGUUAACGUUAAUGACGUCAUCUUUAAGUCUGUCCUCCGAUAGAUCAGAAGAACCAAUCAAAACGCGAGAAUAAUUUGAAUUGUUAUGUGAUGGCUGAGAGUCUACAUGUACCAGUAGCUUAGCCAAGCAGAUUGCCGCAUUUGUAUUACUAUACUAA